UUUAUGAUUCCACCAAUCACAACCCAAGGAAAUAUAAUACACCGUCUCGCUCGAUUGGCCAGGAUAUUAUUAUAUCUGUGUUUUGAAUAACCAUACGCCAAUUUACGAAUUGGCACGAAGUUCGAUUUUUGUGCUUGGGGAAAUUUUCAUCUUUAACUUGACGGUGUUUAGGACAGGACUGCUUGCGGUUACUCAACAAGAAUGACUGAACAAACUAAAGCUGAACUCGCUAAGAAAGAAACGGAACUCGCUCAACCAAAGAAUAUGGACUUAAGCAGCGCAAUCGCCUCUGCGGUAAAUCAUGUUCUGGAUGGAUACGACUGGUCUUUAAUUCCUCUGCCUGUGAGAGUCAACGGCGGGCACAAGCAUAAACCGCAUGUUAAAAGGCCGAUGAACGCCUUUAUGGUUUGGGCACAAGCAGCCAGGAGAAAACUGGCCGAUCAGUACCCACAUCUUCACAACGCUGAAUUGAGUAAGACACUUGGAAAACUCUGGAAACUGCUGAAUGAUGCCGAAAAGAAACCCUUUAUCGAGGAGGCCGAACGACUGCGGUUGAAACAUAAGAGAGAGCACCCAGAUUAUAAAUAUCAACCGAGACGAAAGAAGCAGAAAGGUAACGGUGGAGGGGAACAGCCAGAGGCAACUAUCUCAGCUGACGAUCUGUUAAAAGUGCUCAAAGGUGACGGGCAAAUGGUGUCAAAAUCCGGCUGCCAAGACAGCAACUGUGCGAGCCCCGAGAGCAGCUUAAGCGAAGAAGUAAGCAGCCCUGAAUCUAACAGUUCAGCUACCUCUCCGCCGACAACCCCGACUGCAACAGUAAAGGUUGAAGGUGGAUUGAAGUUCUCCGAGACAAGCGUCCCGGAACCAGAGAUCAGCGCCCCUCAGUCCAGCUUUCCACUAAAAAAAACAGAACCAAAUGGUGUUAGUGUUCCCACUACUGGCAGUAGCAACGGGAUCGAUUUCCACGUCGAAAUGAGCGACCUGACCACAGAUCUAAUGGUGGACACGACAGAGUUCGAUCAAUAUUUGCAUUCGUACACACAGCCCCUGCAGUUGCCUUCUCCUCCCAGCGUCACUUAUACAUCGCAUGGUUACACACAAACACACGGUGGCGCCUCUAAGUUCGUGUCGAAUAACCCUGAAAACAGCCCGAUCUCAUCCAGCUACACGGAGUUCAUGGAGCAGCUGCAGAAGCUUCCUUCUUCUUACCCGCCGAAUCAGGUCGCUCCCUCGGCUCUGCACCAAAGAAACCAACCAGAGAACGGCAGCUAUCCCUUCUCAUUUGGCGAUUCGGUAGAGGUCAGUGGGAGCAGUGGUCGACCUAUUCCUCUGAUUCCUAUUCCUUCCUCGAGCGCGCAGAGCUCUUCCUCGCGUCUUCACACGCUCGUUUGGAAGUGAGAGACUGCUAAGAUAGGAGAUAGGGUUCAUGUUUGAUAAAUUAGCUCCUAUGGAGCGUCAAUUAAUUUGAUUUGUUGCUUUAUGCAGCAGUAGGAACGCUUACAAGAAUCUUUCUCGAACUUUGUUUUGCUUCUAAAUUUUAGGAGCUUUAAAGAGUUCAACACGCUAUGGCAAUGUCACGAGAGUUAACGUGUUCCCGGUCGCACGAGUUAAAAUUUCACUCGGAUUAUUAGUGUAAAAAUCACGAAGCAAUUGACGCACAUUUGCUUAUAAAUGUGAUGAUAUUUUAUUUCUCGCAGAAUUGUUCUUUGUUUUGAUGCAUUACAAUUUUUCUAUUUUAAUGUCGAGAAAAAAACCUGUUAACUGUUUUGUUUGAACGCACAGCUGACACGCUGUUAAGAAAUCAGAUCCUUACUGUCACUUUGCUUCAAGUCCUAAUUUAUCGCGUCCCUCCCUUUUAGAUGAGUUCUUGCCAAAAGAAACUGAUUUAUCGUCUAUCAAUCUUCAUGUAAAUAAUAAAAGAAUAGAGAUGAUAGGUUUUGAAAACGUCGUUUAGCUAAAAAAAAGUAGAAAAUGCAUUCUUUUAGCUUUGCUUUGGACUGGAUUCCCGCAUUUCAUGCUUCUGCUUGUGGCGAAAUAAAUGUUGGUUUUUACAAGAAAAUCAAAAUGUGUGCUGUUGUACUCGAUGGGUUUCCUUUUGCCCUUCAGUGCCGUUCGAUCGCCUGUGAUUAGCCGGUCACACUUGAGUAAUGGGCCCUACAAGGGAAAUGUGUGUUUAAGAAUUUGCACAACAGUUCAAUCGGCUCCUGGAGCCAAACAAACAGUUAAUGCAAGUUCAGUAGGUAGAAAGCUGCCUUAAAAGCGAGGAAGCAAAAUAAAACUACCCUAGAAAGUUCUUAAGUAUGAGAACAGAUGCCCUAAACAACCUUCGAUAAAACACAAAUUGACUUUUUGUACGUGCUCAAAUUUGCAUUUAUACAGCAGACUAGGGAAUAUUCAUAACAAGGGUACAAAUGAGAAACAAUAAGUCAAAAAUUUACUCUUUCAAGUUCAGUUUGGAGCUUAGAAUUUCACGAUAAUCUUCAAUGAAAGAAAAUCUUUCGGAGCGGAUAUGAAGCGAAGAGGUGACGGCUGACAAGGGCGUUAGUCCGGAUGCUGGCUUUAAGACUCGGCGCUUUCUGCUUGCUUUGUCAAAAGAAACGCGGGCCGUUUUAUUUGCAAAUGUUAACAACUGCCAUGAGACGAAUCCAUGGCGCGAUUCUCGAGAACAAAAGUUGCGCUGGGGUGAAUUUUUCCGCGAACGACUGCAACUUAAAACCUUCACAAGAGCGGUUUAAAGAUUUUUUCAAAAGUGCAAUGAACCGGAAGCAAAU